UAACUCAAAGCCCAAUACUUAUACUUCCGGGUUCUCCUUUAGCCCCUUCCAUAAUUCUUCUUAGAUUACAAUCGGCAGAAUCGUGGGGAGACGCCACUGGAAUUUGUCUCUCGCCAAAAGCCACCGCACCCUCCAGAGUGUGAUGGGGAAACUAGAACACACUUUUUAGGGACAAAUAGAGAGAAGAACCUGAAGGUGGGACUCCUGUGUGUCGGACUGAUCGGCGAUUGGGGGUUAAGUGAGUGUAAAUGGUAGCUUCCGAUGCAGCGGUUUGACUCUCUAGUUUUUCUUCGUCUCCAGCAGCGGGAAUGGACAUGGUGUGUGUGCGGCGGCCUUCCUUUUGCUCUUGUGCGAUAACGAAAUGGGGGAGAGGAGGAGAUUGUGGUUGGCGGCUGUGGAUUGUUCGAUGAAGAAGAAGAAGUGGAGAUUGUGAGAGGCCGAGAGUCAAAGACGCUCCAGAGAGCGGGUUUUUCUCCCGCAAGACGCCGCCGUUAGCCCCCAGCAUCAUAUUUGGAUGAUCUGGCUAUGUGUAUGUGUUCCAUGGUGUGUUGUUGAGACAUUAUUAAUUCGGUUCGCUACAAGCUGCUGGAAUCGUAAGUUAGUUAUUGUUCUUCUGGUAUGAGCCGGGCAUGUGUUUAGAUGCCUCCUUUCUCGGGAAAAUGGUCGCCCAUGGCUGGUUCGGACUGGGUGACCAUUUGUUAAUGGAUAGUUUGACCAGAAACAAUUUCCAGAGCUGUAGCUGAUCAAUUAGAAGGCGAUGAGGAUGAGCAUGCGAAAUAUCGGAGUAUGGUUGUGAAAUACAUCAGGAGGAAUCGUGAGACAUUUGAGCCCUUUAUUGAAGACGACAUUCCGUUUGUUGAGUAUUGUGAAUCCAUGGAAAAGGAUGGGACUUGGGCAGGCCACAUGGAACUACCAGCUGCUUCUCUUGUUACUAACAGUAACAUAUGCAUUCACCAAUUUUUGGGUGUACAUUUUGGCCCUUCGUUCGACAGUUUCAAGAAAAUCAAUCAGAGAGAGUGAGAGGCCGAGAGUCAAAGAGAGCCGGUUUUUCACUCGCCAAUGCCGACGUUAGCCUCCAGGUUGCUGGUUUUGUUAGCUUAUUCGCGUUUCAUAUGUGCAUUACAUACUCGCACGUAUAAUACACAUUAAAUCAUAAAAGUCCUCUUCUAUCAACUUCAACAAUCAAGAUUUAUAUGAUCAAAUUUUAGAUCGAAUCAGUUUGCUUGAUUGUCUUCCUCCCAAAAAUACAAAUCUUUAAAUUUUUGUGACUCAGCCAUUGUAAAAGUUUUGAAAAUUGGUUUGUAGUUCAAGACAUCCACCAAUGUCAUUUGUUAAUUAUAAAACCAUUUACGGUCUACUAGUCUUUUCAACUCCAUCCAAUUCUGGAAAAUACUCCCUCCGUCCCCCUAAGAUGUUCUCAUUUUGACUUUUGGUGAUUUUUAAGGAGAGUUGAAAAAAGGUGAAAGUUUACCAUAAUAUCCUUAAUGAAAAAUGGGUGGAGUGUAUUAAAUGAGGUGGGUGAGGUGUAAUAAAUAAAGUAAGUGGGGGUAGUUGUGGUAUUUUAAUUGUUAAAAAAUGAAAUGAGAAGAUCUAUUGUGGACAUAGAAAAAGGGCUAUUGAGAAGAUCUAUGAGGGACGGAGGGAGUAGUAAAUAACAUUCUCUCUAUUUGUUUGGUUUUAAAAUGUAAUCAAAUUUUCGAAUUUAGUUUGUUCGUAAAUGUAUUUUUCAUUUUAAAAAAUAUAAAAUUCAUUUGAUUUUACUCAAUUUUAAAUUACAUAGGGCCCCCACGUGUGUGUGACCUGGGGGCUACUGCAAACUUGCGCCGCCGCAUAAUAGCAGAGGUUCUUUCUUCUCCACUUCUUGUUGCUUGCUACAUAUCCUCUCCUGUGUUUCUUAACCUUCUGUUUGUGAGAUGUUUUCAUAUUUAAGUCUUGACACCCGCUUAUUUGUUGCCUUUGGAUAUGGCGGGGAACCGGAGGAUGAUUAUGAUCAUAAGAAUGGCUACCUUAAUUGGGCAGAGGUUUAUGGGUGAGAAACAAAAGGAAUGGAAGUAUGUGAAGGUGAAGUAUGAUUCCAGUAGAUGUGCACUGCCCACUCAUAUCUUUGGGGAUGUUAUGGAUGCAAAUGGGGAGCUUAUUUUAUUUGGUCAGGGGGCGAUAUUGAUGUGCCACUAUAUCAAUCAAUGUGAUAUGUGAAUGCAACAUCGUACUCAUUCAAACUUGGGAUGACAUGAUUCUUCAUCAUGCAUUAAUUGGUCAUUGCUUAUAUGUUGAUGGUGGUUUGCCAACACAUGUUGAUUGUCAUGACCUCAAACUUUUUUUUACAUUUUUUAUGGUUUACUUCUACCGAUGUAACAAACAAUGAAAGAUAGGCCCUAGG